AUGGGCUCGAGCAGGAAAAAAAGAAAAGCGGACAGUGAAGAGAACAACAUCAGCAAGGCUGAAACACCCGCACCAGAUCACUCAUCUAUCGAGGAUGAGUUUGGUUCUACCUACGAGGCGGUCUGGGCUGAUGAAUUGAUUUUCCAGGAGAAAACAAAGUACCAGGAUUUGGCUGUCUUCCGCAGCAACAGUUAUGGUGUUUGCCUAUGUUUGGACGGCGUUAUUCAAAGCACUGAGAAAGAUGAACAUAUCUACCAUGAGCGCUUGGUCCAUGUCCCACUGCUACUUUGCCCAAAGCCACGUCGCGUCGUGAUUUGUGGCGGUGGCAAUGGAGGUGCUGCUCGAGAAGUUCUGAAGCACAAAAGUGUGAAAGAAGUCUUUCUCAUAGAGAUUGAUCCAGCAGUUCGAAAUGCAGCAAAGAGGUUCAUACAGUCGCAGUCUGCUGCCUUGUCUGACUCUCGCGUGACAACUAUAUUUGCAGAUGCGUGCAACUUUGAGAAAUGGCCCGAGGGUUGUUUCGAUGUCAUCAUCGUGGACAGCACGGACAUGGGAACUACUGCCGGAAGGAGCGACCAUUUGUGGAGCCAGGCCUUCUUUGAAGGAUGUCUCAGUCGGCUGCAGCCAAGUGGGCAAUUGUCUACUCAACUGGGCGCGUGCGUAGUGGGUACAAGACAUAUUGGAUUUAGCCAAGCUGCAAGCAACGGCGUCUCGACGUUGCGAGCAGCAGGCUUCGGCUCAGUGCGACCAUAUGUUGCAGAAAUUGAAUCGUACGGCGGGUUUGCAAUCUUUUGCUUGGCUGCCAAAGAGCGGACUGCGAAAGAGAAGCAAAUCUGUCGAGGAGGUGGUCAGGUAGGAAUGGCUGAUAGCUUUACUUCACCUGUGCCAGAUUUGAAGGAAGUUGACUGGAAAGCAAGAGCAAGUGCACGGGGCCUUCCAGGAAGCACGAAGGUAAGCUUCGAGGAUAUCACCGCCUGUUUUACACUUCCAGCCUUCAUGGCGCACGAGUUUGAAGAAGCUUUGAGCCAUGCAAGUGGAUCGAAGAGGGAAAAACAAAAAACUGCCAUUCGCCGAACGUGA